AGCCUCCACUUUUCCCCGUUUGGAAAUCAUGAAUUAAUCCUGUGGAAAACUCCUGAAACGGAUCUAUAAAACCCUUGAUAUCUCAAAUGAACUUCCCCUCAACAAAUAUUGGAAAGCUUGUUGAUGAUCAUCAACUCGAUCACAACCAUGCAGUCGAACACGACCACCAUCAAAACUUCAUCGGACGGAGCCUGGCAAGGUGAUAAUCCACUAAACUACGCCUUCCCGUUGUUAAUCAUUCAAACCACUUUAGUCCUCUUUGUCAGCCGCUCCCUCGCCUUCCUCCUCAAACCUCUCCGCCAACCGAAAGUCAUUGCCGAGAUAAUGGGUGGGAUUUUGCUCGGACCCUCCGGACUUGGACGGAACAAGCAAUUCUUGCACCUAGUUUUCCCUGCAUGGAGCACUCCAAUACUCGAAUCAGUGGCAAGUAUCGGCCUUCUCUUCUUUCUAUUCCUUGUGGGUCUCGAACUCGACCUGAGCUCCAUUCGACGCAGCGGCAAACCGGCUUUCACCAUAGCGCUUGCCGGAAUCUCCCUCCCAUUCCUCUUCAGCGCCGGAGUCACAUUCCUCCUCCGCAAAGCUGUCCAUGACGAGGAAGGAGUCGGCUACGCCCAGCUCCUCAUGUUCAUAGGCGUAGCUCUAUCCAUAACCGCGUUUCCCGUCCUCGCACGCAUUCUCGCAGAACUCAAACUCCUAACGACCCAAGUAGGCGAGACCGCUAUGGCCGCCGCGGCCUUCAACGACGUCGCUGCAUGGGUUUUGCUGGCCCCGGCAGUGGCCCUCGCUGGCGGAGGCCACAAGAGUCCUUUAGUGUCCGUUUGGAUUCUCAUCUCCGGCGUUGCCUUCGUCGCUUUCAUGCUGCUUCUCGUCAGGCCCGUGAUGAAGAGGGUUGCGCGCCAGUGUUCGCCGGGGGACGAAUUUCCUGGCGAAGCCCGCGUUUGCUUGAUCUUAGCCGGGGUAAUGAUAUCCGGGUUUAUGACUGACUUUAUAGGGAUACAUGCAAUCUUCGGAGCGUUUGUUUUCGGGUUGACGAUUCCAAAAGGUGGUGAAUUUGCCGCGAGAGUGACAAAAAGGAUCGAGUAUUUCGUUUCCGGUUUGCUUCUUCCGCUCUACUUUGCGUCCAGUGGGCUGAAGACCGAUGUGGCUAAAAUUCGAGGGGCGGAAGCGUGGGGUCUGUUGGUGCUUGUGAUAUCGACGGCGUGCGCGGGGAAGAUUUUGGGGACGUUUGUGGUGGCGGUGCUCUGCAUGAUUCCGGUGAGGGAGUCUUUGGCGCUGGCCGUUCUGAUGAAUACUAAAGGGUUGGUCGAGCUUAUUGUUCUCAAUAUUGGCAAGGAGAAGAAGGUUAUUAACGACGAGAUGUUUGCUGUAUUAGUCCUCAUGGCACUAUUUACUACCUUCAUGACAACUCCGACAGUGAUGGCCAUAUACAAACCUUCGCGUGCCAUUGGUUCUCAAGCUAAUCGCCGAUUGCCUCUCGCAGAAAACUCACAAGAUGAGCUUCGUAUCCUUGCAUGUGUCCACACAACCGAGAAUGUACCGUCGCUCAUCAGCCUCGUCGAUUCGAUUCGUAGCCCUAAAAGAUCCCCAUCACUAAAACUCUACGUCAUGCAUCUUGUUGAGCUGACUGAUCGCACAUCCUCGAUCAUGAUGGCUCGACGCACUCGAAAGAACGGCUUUCCCUUCAUAAAUCGCUUCCACCAAGGUGCCGGCCGACAAGACCCAAUCGCCGAUGCAUUUGAGGCCUACGGCCAAGAAAGCCGCGUCAACAUCCGCCACUCAACGGCUAUCUCGUCGUUGGCCACGAUGCAAGACGACAUCUGCCACAUAGCGCAAGAAAAAAGAGUGGCAAUGAUCAUUUUGCCUUUCCACAAACAGUGGAGUAACGGAGAUGAUCAGAGCGAGGAAGCUACGGAGAAUGUAAACCACGGUUGGAGAGUGGUCAAUCAGAGGGUGCUACAGACUGCACCGUGCUCGGUGGCGGUGCUCGUCGACCGUAGAUUUAGCGGCAGGUCUGAGGAGGCAGGGCCGAGCACCGCCAUAGCUAAAACAGUUUGUAUUGUGCUUUUCGGUGGACCUGACGAUCACGAGGCACUGGAGUUGGGAGGAAGGAUGGCAGAAAAUCCAGCAGUAAAGCUGACCAUUCUGAGGUUCCUGGAAAAAGCUGAGGACGAGGAGGAGGAGGAGAGUAUGGAGAAGCGCUAUGGCUGCUCAACCGUCCCGAUGAACGACAAGAUCAGAGACAAGGAGCUGGAUGAGAUUGCAAUGACCAUAAGGAGGAGGAAUCAAUCAGUGAAGUACGAAGAAAAGGUCUUGGGCGACAUCAAAGAGGGAGUGCUAAAAAUAGGGCAGAGUAGGGAGUACGAGUUGGUAAUCGUGGGAAAGAGACAGAUCGUAUCAAAACAUAGGACAGAGCUACCCGCCGACCAGAUCGCGGAUGUUGAGUUGGGACCUGCCGGAGACAUUUUUGCAUCGUCGGGCUGCAGCAUAUUGCCUUCGGUGCUGGUGAUACAACAACAGCAAAUACUAGGUCCAAAUGCAAACAAGAAUACUGCUUCGGAGAUGGUCCAGGACAUGGAAGUGACAACAAUUGAUGCUCCGAGCACGGACAACGAGCCGGAUGUGUGAUCGAUCUGAAGGAGUUUGGACCGCUUGAUCAGUAUGUACUUGAUUUAGGUCUUGUCAAAAAGUCCAGGUUUGACAGGAUUCUCGUUCCUUCGAACAUUCUUUGUUGAGUCCCUAUGUUUGUUUAGUCCCUAUGUCUUGAACCUUUUCUUUUGUUGAGUAUCGAUCUGAAGGAGUUUGGACCGCUUGAUCAGUAUGUACUUGAUCUAGGUCUUGUCAAAAAGUCCAGGUCUGAUAGGAUUCUCGUUCCUUCGAACCUUCUUUAUUGAGUCCCUAUGUUUGUUUAGUCUCUAUGUCUUGAACCUUUUCUUUUGUUGAGUUCUUAUGCUUUGAUUGUUUAAUUUCUGUAAGAUAUAAUGUUUUUCAUUAAUUGUUUAAUAGUAAACUUAAUCCAA